AUGACAAAGCACCGCUUGAGGGAAUCCAUUAAGUCCUUGUUUGGGAGUCACAUCAAUUCAGAGAAGCAUGAAGAGCUGAAAGGAACUAAAAUAGGUAUUGAUGACAAGGUGAAUAAAAUAUUGAAGCUUCUAAAAGAGGAAGAUCUUGAAGAAAAAGAUGCCAUCUCAGUAGAGAACUCCAAAAAGGAACCUCUUGUUGAGCUAAUUGAGGAUUUCCACAAAGAGUACCAAUCACUCUAUGCACAAUAUGAUCAUCUAACCGGAGUGCUAAAGAAAAAAGUUAAUGGCAAACAAGAAAAGGACAGCUCAUCUUCAUCAAGCUCAGACUCAGAUUCAGAGUAUUCUUCAAAUGACAAAAGCGGUAAAAAUGGACUGUUGGAAAGUGACUUUCAGAAAACUGAUGGGAUCAAACAUGAACUCGAAUCAGCACAUCUAGAAGUUGCUGACCUGAAGAGGAAAUUGACAGCUACAAGUGAGGAGAAGGAAGCUUUAAACUUAGAAUAUGAGGCGGCUUUGACCAAGAUAGAAGAAACAGAAAAAAUUGCCAGAGACUUGAAGACUGAAGCUGAAAGGUUAGAUGUUGAAAAAUCUCAACUUUUGGCUGAGAAUAAUGAACUAAAUAAAAAACUGGAAACUGGUGGAAAGAUAGAAGCUGAACUGAAUCAAAGAGUAGAAAAUGUGGAAAGAGAGAGAGAUAACUUGAUUCGGGAGAAAGAGACUGCUCUGAGAAGGAUAGAGGAUGGAGAAAAUAUUACAGCAGAGUUAAGAACCAUGGUUGAUCAGCUGAAAGAUGAAAAAGUAACCCUUGAGCAAGAACUAGAAUCCGUUCAAGGGGAAGUCUCCAAUUUGAAGCAGCAGCUGGAAUCUGCAGAACAGCAGGUGUCAGAUGUAAGCAAAGCUAAGGAGGAAGAGACCUUGAAAAUUUUGGAAAUGUCAAAUGAAAUUCAGCAGGCACAGAACAUGAUACAAGAACUCACGGUUGAAUCUAGUCAACUAAAGGAGAAAUUGGGUCAGAAAGAAAACGAAUAUUCAACUCUGUCUGAGAGGCAUGAGCUGCAUGGGAACAAAACCUCGGCUCAAAUAAAGGGAUUACAGGCUACAGUGACAGGGCUGGAACUGGAACUAGAAUCUUUGCGAGGUCAGAAAAGAGACGUGGAAGUGAAGAUUGAGAGCAAAGAAACUGAAGUUAAACAACUGGAAGAGGAAAACGCAGGACUACAAGUCCGAAUUUCAGAACUUGAAUCAGUAUCAAAUGAGAGAGCAGCUGAACUGUCUGCUCUCACAAAAGAACUUGAGGAUAACAAUAGUGAAUCUAUUCAGCUAAAGGAGAAGUUGGGUCAGACAGAAAAGGAGUAUUCAACUCUGUCCGAGAUGCAUGAGCUGUAUGAGAAUAAGACAUUGGCUCAAAUAAACGGAUUGGAGGCCCAAGUGACAGGGCUGGAACUGGAGUUGGAAUCUUUGCGAGGUCAGAAAAGAGAUAUAGAAGUGAAGCUUGAGAACAAAGAAACUCAAGUAAAACAACUAGAAGAAGAGAAUGCAGGAUUACAAGCCCAAAUUUCAAAACUUGAAUCGACAUUAGAAGGGAGAGAAGCUGAACUUUCUGCUCUCACAAAGAAACUUGAGGACAGCAAUACUGAAUGUAGUCGGCUAAACGAGCAACUGGGUCUCAAGGAAAAGGAAUAUUCAACACUGUCUGAGAGGCAUGAGCUGCAUGAGAACGAAACCUCGGCUCAAAUAAAGGGAUUACAGGCUACAGUUUUGGCGCUGGAACUGGAACUAGAAUCUUUGCGAGGUCAGAAAAGAGACAUGGAAGUGAAGAUUGAGAGCAAAGAAACUGAAGUUAAACAACUGGAAGAGGAAAACGCAGGACUACAAAUCCGAAUUUCAGAACUUGAAUCAGUAUCAAAUGAGAGAGCAGCUGAACUGUCUGCUCUCACAAAAGAACUUGAGGAUAACAAUAGUGAAUCUAUUCAGCUAAAGGAGAAGUUGGGUCAGACAGAAAAGGAGUAUUCAACUCUGUCCGAGAUGCAUGAGCUGUAUGAGAAUAAGACAUUGGCUCAAAUAAACGGAUUGGAGGCCCAAGUGACAGGGCUGGAACUGGAGUUGGAAUCUUUGCGAGGUCAGAAAAGAGAUAUAGAAGUGAAGCUUGAGAACAAAGAAACUCAAGUAAAACAACUAGAAGAAGAGAAUGCAGGAUUACAAGCCCAAAUUUCAAAACUUGAAUCGACAUUAGAAGGGAGAGAAGCUGAACUUUCUGCUCUCACAAAGAAACUUGAGGACAGCAAUACUGAAUGUAGUCGGCUAAACGAGCAACUGGGUCUCAAGGAAAAGGAAUAUUCAACACUGUCUGAGAGGCAUGAGCUGCAUGAGAACGAAACCUCGGCUCAAAUAAAGGGAUUACAGGCUACAGUUUUGGGGCUGGAACUGGAACUAGAAUCUUUGCGAGGUCAGAAAAGAGACAUGGAAGUGAAGAUUGAGAGCAAAGAAACUGAAGUUAAACAACUGGAAGAGGAAAACGCAGGACUACAAAUCCGAAUUUCAGAACUUGAAUCAGUAUCAAAUGAGAGAGCAGCUGAACUGUCUGCUCUAACAAAAGAACUUGAGGAUAAGAAUAGUGAAUCUAUUCAGCUGAAGGAGAAACUUGAGAACAAAGAAACUCAAAUAAAACAACUAGAAGAAGAGAAUGCAAGGUUACAAGCCCAAAUUUCAAAACUUGAAUCGACAUUAGAAGAGAGAGAAGCUGAACUUUCUGUUCUCACAAAGAAACUUGAGGACAGCAAUACUGAAUAUAGUCGGCUAAAUGAGCAACUGGGUCUCAAGGAAAAGGAAUAUUUAACUCUGUCUGGGAUGCACAAGCUGCAUGAGAAUGAAACAUUGGCUCAAAUAAAGGGAUUAGAGGAGAAAGUUUCAGGGCUGGAACUGGAGCUGGAAUCUUUGCGACAUCAGAAAAGUGAUUUGGAAGUAGAGAUUGAGAGCAAAGAAACUGAAGCAAAACAACUGGGAGUGGAGCUGGAAUCUUUGCGACAUCAGAAAAGUGAUUUGGAAGUAGAGAUUGAGAGCAAAGAAACUGAAGCAAAACAACUGGGAGAGGAGAAUGCAGGACUACAUGCCCGAGUUUCAGAGCUUGAAUUGAUAUCAGAAGACAGAGAAGCUGAACUUUCUGCUCUCACAAAGAAACUUGAGGACAGCAGUAAUGAAUCAUCAUCUAGAAUAGCAGAUUUGGCAGCACAGAUCAGUAAUCUGCUAGCUGACAUAGAUUCUUUGCGUGCCCAGAAAGUUGAAUUGGAGAAACAGAUAGUAUGUAAAGGUGAUGAAGCAUCAACUCAGGUCAAGGGCUUAAUGGAACAAGUAAAUGUAUUGCAGCAAGAAUUGGAGUCCCUACUCAGCCAGAAAACUGAAUUGCAAGUGCAGAUUGAGAGUAAAACUCAAGAAACUUCAGAGUACUUGAUACAGAUACAAAAUCUGAAAGAGGAGAUAACAAACAAGAUAACGGAUCAUCAGAGGAUUGUGGAAGAGAAAGAGAGUUUGACGGCAGAAAAGAGAGACAUUGAGAUAAAGGUGGACUCGAUACACAACCACAAAAGUGAACUUGAAGAGGAGAUAAGAACUAAAGUCCUUGAGAACGAUCAGUUGAGAGCAGAAAUUGUGGAGCUAAAGGAUCAAAUUUCUGAAUUUGAGAAGAAAUUAACGCAAAUGGAGGUCGAGUUCUCUUCUCUCCGGGAGAAACAUGAAAGUUCUGUGAACGAUGCAUCUGCUCAAAUAGAAGCCAUGGUGUCACAGGUUAACAGUCUACAACAGGAUUUGGAUUCAUUCCAGACCCAGAAGAAGCAGAUAGAGUUGCAAUUUGAGAAGGAGAAACAAGAACAUUCAGAGAGCCUGAUGCAAUUGGAAAAUGAAAAAGCGGAGUUAACGAGCAAGAUCACCGAUCAUCAGAGACUGCUGAAUGAACGGGAGGAUUCAUACAAGAAGUUAAAUGAGGAAUAUAAACAGCUUGAAAGUCAGUUUCUGGACAGCAAGGUCAAUCGAGACUCUGCAGAAAGGAAAAUUGAGCAAAUGGUGCUAGAAUUCAGUACAAAAGUUGAAUCGAAAGAUCAGAUAAUUGCUGAUUUGGAACAAGCAACUGAAGACCUGAAAAGAGAUCUUGAAGAAAAAGGGGACGAGCUUAGUUCUUUGGUUGAUAAUGCCCGGAAUACUGAAGUUAAGCUGCGGUUGUCAAACCAGAAGCUCCGUGUUACAGAGCAGCUAUUGGCUGAGAAGGAAGAGAGCUUCAGACGCGCAGAACAAAAGUUCCAGGAAGAACAAAGAGCACUUGAAGACAGAAUUGCUACAUUGUCUGGUACAAUUUCUGCAAACAAUGAAGCCUAUCAAAGAAACAUCACGCAUAUCUCAGAAAAUGUGAACAGUUCUUUGACUGUAUUGGAAUCUGUGAUCAAGAAGUUUUUGGAUGACUAUGCAAAGUAUGAGAAGUGUAUUCUAGGAACAACAAGGGAGCUUCAAACUGCAAAGAACUGGGUUGCGGAAACAAAUGGUGAAAGAGUGAAGUUGAAGGAGGAGGUAGGGGACCUAAUCGAACAACUGCGUGGUAAGAAAGAAGAAGCAUUGGUGUUCAGAGAGCAGGUUGAGAAGUUGAGGGCAACUGCAAGCGGGGAGGAAGUGGAGAAGGGGGGUCUGAUCAAAGCUGUGAAGCAACUUGAGAGGACGGUAGAGGACUUGGAGAAGACGGUGGGAGAGAAAAAUGAGGGCUUACUAGGAUUGGCGGAGGAGAAGAGGGAAGCCAUAAGGCAGCUGUGCAUGUGGAUCGAGUAUCACCGAAGCCGGUAUGAUGAUCUCAAGGAAGUGCUCUCAAAGAUGACUGCUGCAAGAGGCCAGAGGAGGGCUUAG